AAAUCUAUUACCAUUGUUAAUGUCUUCAAGUCAUCAGAUAAGAUUACAUGUUCUAAGAAUUCUAUUCGUAAUCAAUGGUGGUUUAAGCAAUUCUACUGAUAAUAAUAAUAAUAAUUGUUCAAAUGAUGAACAAUAUAACUCUACUGUACAAAAUAUUAUUGAAAGAUGUUUAAAAGCUGAAAAAAUACAACUUGGACAUCAAACUGUACGUGAUUUUCUAAUGCAUAUACUUCAAUUACAUGCUGAUCGUGAUGUGAAAUAUUGUCGACAAGCGGCUGAGAUUGCUAUUCAUUAUUUAUUUGGUCUACUUCAUGUUCAAUUCACUGCUAUUUGGUCUCCAAUAAAUGAGGCUAUUGCAAGUUAUUGUGAAUCAAAUUCAUUAUUAAAGAAAAAAUCUAUUAAACAUGAAAAUUCAUCUCAUGAAUUAGAGAUUAAAGAGAAAAAUUGGAAUAUUGAAUGUAGAAAUUUAUUCUGGAGUGUAUUUCAACCAUUAUUAAUGGAUACAGAGACAAAAAUUGUUCAUAACAACAAUGAGGAUUUAUCAAAUGUUUCAGAUUCUAAAGAAACAAAUCUGUACACAUGUUCAUAUGAAACUGCCAUCAUAUGGUUCACAUCAAUUCGUCCAGAUUUAUAUAGUGUACAAAGAAAAACACCUAAUAAUCAUUGGUUAGUUAUUGAAUCGAGAAAAUGUCCAGAUUGGUUAUCUUAUCGAUUAUGUUUAUGGCAGUGUUUACGUUGGAAAAUCGCUGCAAAAUAUACACAUUUUCUUACACCAUUAUUAUUGAAUAUAAUUAGUUCUGCUAUUCAAUCUGGUUUAAAUAAGUCAACAGAACAACUUCUAUUGACUAUCCUGAAUUUGUACUCUCAAUUCAAUAAUAUCAAAUCAAUUUAUAUGGAGAAAGAGUUCAAACAAAAUAUUUACCAAUUAUUAAAAUUUAAACAACCCACUAUACAAAAUGCAGCAUUCAAAUGUUUACUGGCUUAUAAACAAUCGGCAAUUAAUAAUUAUCAAGAACAAAUAGAAAAGAUUAUUAAUCCACAAACAUUUCGUGAUGCAGUGCGAACAUUUCGACUGGAUACAUCUUUGUACUCUUCGGAACAUCGUGAACAAAUUGGUGAAGUUUUGUUACGUAUAUUAUACGGUCGAUUACAAUUGUCCAAAGGUCAAUUCACAUCAGCUGUAUUCACUAAUUUAGCACAAUAUACAAAUUCUGAAUUGAAUUUAUUUCUAAGCUUUUUAUUAGAUCCAUUCGUCAAAGAAACAGAAUGUAUUCAGUUGUCUACCAGUACUUUUAGUUCUACCGCCAUCUCAUUAAGUGAUUGUAUUCAAUCGGCUCGACAACGUGUUCAACAUACAAUUGAUGGUAAAGAUACAUUAUCCUGGUCUCGAUUACAUGCAUUAUCACAAAUUAUCAAUCAAACAUUAAAUUAUAUGGGUCAUCGUUUAAAUAUUGUCCAUUUAAAUGAGAAUGAAGACGAUCUUGUUGAGAAUUCCAAUCCAAUAGAACUUUCCAAUAAUAUUCAACGUGCUGAUAUUCUAUUACGUUUAGCAUUAUCUUUAUUAGCUAUGGUGUAUGAAGUAAAAAAGAUUAAAUUAGAAUCAACUAAUCAUAAUCAUAAUCGAUUACCUUUAACAUCUCAAUUAAAAGCUGUACGUUUAGCUGCUAUCAAUUUACUUGUCCAUUUAUUCUCAUCCAAUUGGUUAUGUGAAAUUGAAUUUUGGGGUAAAUCAACUAUCACUGAUCAUGAUCUGGAUCAAAUUGUUUCGUCAUCAUCAUCAUCAUCAGCAGAAGCAGAUCGUUCAAUCAUUGUCAAAGAAAUUUGUUGUAAUACAUUUCUAUUAAAUGAUUUAAUUCAUAGUUCUACAUUAUCAUUAAAUCAUUUAAUUAUACAAUUAUGUUAUAUAUGGUCUAAAUCAACAAUCUAUAAUGGGUAUUUAUGUAAGAAAUUUUUUAAUCAAUCAUUAUUGGAUACAUUAUUUAAAUUAUUAAAUAUGAAUAUGAAUACUACUAACAAUACUACUAAUACUAAAUUGAAAUUGAAGAAUGAGAUUAUUGAAAAGCUUGUAGAAAUUAUCCAUAAUUUAACAUUUCUACCUGAUGUAUCCACUACAGGUCGUGUAUUAUUACAAUCUUUCCAUUCGGAAUUAGUCAAUUAUUUAAAUAAACGUUUACAAGAAUUAUGUCAAGUGAAAUCGACAUUUUUUGCAAAUCUUGGCAAAAACCACAAUCAGGUUUACGUUUACAACGUGAAUUUCAAUUAGUCAGUUAUUUAGCUCAAUUACCUUCUCAUUCAAUCAGUAAUAAUCAUGCAGUUAUGAAUCAGCAUACCAAUAUAAAUUGUUUGACAUCAGUUGAUAGUGAACGAUUACUUCAAGCAUUAUUACAAUUACUUCAACGUUCAUCAAUUCGUUCAUUGCGUAAUACCACUUUGACCACUAAAUCAGCAUCAUUUAAACAUCGUGUUGCUAAUAAUCUCUUAGUGAAUUCAGAUGAAUCAGCUAUACGUUAUGAUUUACAGAUGGCUACAGGUGAAGUGGUUGAAGCAGAACUUAUACAAUCUAUUCUUCAUCUUGUACAGAUUACAACUAAUAUUACUGAAUAUUUAAAAAAAAUAUUGGAUUUAUUUGUUUGUUCUAAAUCACGUAUUGCUCGUAGUCUCCUAUGUCAAGUAGUCGGUGUUUGUACAUCACGUUUAACAAAUUGGCCAAUGAAUCUAAUUGAAAUGAUUGAAAAGUUAAAUAAGGAUACUAAACAGGAUAGUAAAGAAGAAACUGAUCAAGUUAAUAAUAAUUUAAGAUAUUUCAAGAAAUAUUUAUCAGAUCAUAAUCAAUCAACUGAUGCAAUUAAUAAUCUAACUCAAAAUGUACUAUUAAUGUUAAAUUCAUGGGAUUUUACACAUAUUGAUCAACCAGAUAUUCAUCAACGUGCUAAUGGUUACAAUUUACUUAUUGAAUUAUGUAUAUUAAUAAAAAUCAAUAAUCCACCAGAACAAUUAUUAUAUUUACAUCAAGCUGGUUUAAAUUGUGCUAUUUAUACAAUAAGUCAUGAUGAAUUACAUUUACGUGAUAUUGCAUUAGAUUAUACAAUACAUUGUAUUGAAUCUAUUCAAUCAAGAUUAUUAAUGAAACAAAAACUAGAUCCAAAUGUUACCAUAGAUACAGAUCAAUAUUAUCAUGAAUUAAUUAUUAAAUGUUUAUGGUUAAAUUUAAUGAAAUAUUUACAAGAUAUAAGUGUAUUAUCUAGUACAAAACGUUUACAUUUAUUACGUUUAUUAAAUUGUAUUAUACGUACAUAUCAAUUAAGGAGAAGAUUUUAUUCAUUAGCAUUAUUAUUAGAUAAUUAUUCAAUGAAUAAUGAUUUUUAUAUGAAUUUACAAAGUGGUACAUUAAUACGUCAAUGUUGUGCAAUACGUCGUUUAGCAUUGUUCUUACAUAAUCCAUUAACGAUUAUAUCACGUCGUCAAUUGAAUAAUCACUUAGCAACUAAUAAUCACAGUAACAAUAGGGGUAAUAGGAACAAUUUCCCUAUAUCACAAAAAGAUUUACGUAAUAUCUUUUUACCAAUUAUAUGGUUUUAUUUAGAAUCAGAAUUCAAUUCAUCUAUUGAUUAUAAUAAUACUAAUAAUAAUAAUUUAUUAGAUAAUCAUAAAAAAUUAAUUGAUUAUUGUUUAGAUGCUAUAGAAGGGAUAGCAAAACAUUUUGAUUGGAAAUAUUAUCGAUUUUUAAUAGAAUCAAUAAUUCAUCGAUUAAAUUCAUGUAUAAAUAUUCAUUUAAUAUCACAAAUUAUGAUACGUAUAAUUGAUGCAUUUCAACCACCGAAAUGGAAUACUUCAAUAGAUACUAAUGAUGAUAAUGAUGAUGACGACGACGGCGACGACGACGACGAUAGAGAACAAAUGGAUGAUGAAGAAACCAAAAAAGAAACAAGAUAUUGAUGAUCAUUUAAAGAGGAAACAAAAAGUUUGUACUGAACAAGGAGAAAAUUCAAUGAUUCUUAAUUAUAUGCUUAAUGUGAUUAAACGAUUAGAACCAUUUAUCAUUAAACCAAUAAAAACCAAUAAUACUACUGAAUUAAUGAAUAAUAAUAAUAAUCAGCAUCAAAAAAAGGAUAAUAAUAAUCAGAAUCAACCAUUGAAAAUCUCAUUAGUUAUAUCAUUAGUGAUGUUGCUAAGACGUUUACCAUCAGGAUAUCUUGAAUCACGUUUACCUCAUCUUAUUUUACGUAUUAUGGAUAUUUUAAGACCAUCACGUGAUAUAAAUUAUCAAAUACGUUAUGAAGCAAUCAAAUCAUUAUCACGUAUUGGACGAUUAUUAGGUCCAAGUAAAAGUUUAGAUAAAUUAUUUGAUAUUGUUCAUCAACAAUUAGAUCGUGGUGGUUAUACAUAUUGGCAAGUAAGAUUAUAUACAUUACAUCGUGUAUUCAAUGAAGUAGAACAAGCUAUCAUAUCCGGUGAAGUAUCUUAUAAAUCUGGUCAAUUAGAUUAUAUUGGUCGUAUUAUGAGUCGACUUUAUUUAGAUGAAAUGAUUGGACGAUUAGCUGAAGAAAUUGAUUCAAGACGUUCAGCUAAAUUAUCAAAUACAAAUAUGAAUGAAUUAAAUGGAUCUAUUCAUAUGGAUUUACCUGAAGGAAAUGGAUUUAAAUCUCCAGAAGGUGUUACACGUUUAUGUAGAUUAUUAUCAAAUAAAGGUAUUAUUCAAUUAUUUACAGAUAUUAAAAUGGCACUUCAUUGUGCUGCAUCCGGUACUUCACUUGGAUCCAUAUUCAAUAAUAAUAAUAAUAAUAAUAAUAAUAAUAAUAAUAAAUCAUCAAAUGAUUCUGUCGGUUGUGGUAUACGAUUUCGACAUAAAGCAUUAGCUAGACUUGAAUGUACAUUAACACGUCUUCCAAUGAAAACUGGAUUAUUUUCUAAUAAAUAUAUUCAAUCUCAUUUAAAUCUUAUUAUUGAAUUAUUUCAACAAUUAGUUCAUGAUAAUCUUGAAGAAAUUACAAUCACUAAUCUAGAUUUCAAUGAAACCAAUACAACAACAAUAAUCGAUACUGAUCAUCAUCAUGAUGAUCCACAUCAGCAUAGUAACACGAUCACCGGUUGGUAUCAACCUCAAUCGAAAUUAUUAGAACCACGUUGGAAAUAUUUAGAAUUAGAUUAUGAACCAAAACGUGAAUAUCAUUCAUUGAUUACACAAUCUGGUUUAAAACAAUCAUAUUUAUUAGUAUGUUGUGGUUUAUCUUUAUUUAUUGGUCUAAUACGUUAUCAAUGGUUAAAACAAGAUCAAUUAAAUGAUUUACAAUUAUUAAAUCAAUUUCUUCCAUCGAUUAUUACAUGUCUUCAAUCGAAAUAUAUUCAAGUUUUAAAUAUCACUAUUAAAUGUAUACGAUUAUUUUUAUUGAUUACAUCAUCCAAAUCAAUAAUCAAUCAAAUACCGAAAUUUUCUGAAUAUAUCCAUAUAAUUGGUAAUCAAUUAUUUAAUCUAUUAAGUAAUCAAUCAUAUUUAUUCUCAAAUAAAAUUGGAUCCAUUAGUUGUCAUGCACAAUAUUUUACUAAAAAUUUAUAUUGUACAUUAGCUUUAUUAGUUAAUCAUCAAUAUAAUUAUCCAUUAUCUAAAAUACAAUUAUUAACUUUAUUAAAUAUUGUUGAUAUUGAAUUAACGCAUAAUCAAAAUGAAUCAAUGAAUUCAUCAUUAACAUUAUUUAAUUCAAUAUUAAAACGUCGUUUACGUGAUCCAAUUAUUCAAACGAAUGAAAAUGAUGCUUUAACUUUUAUAAAAGAUCCUAAUUUAUCAAUGAAUAAUAAAGGAUUAAUUAUUGCUAAAUUAUCUGAUCAUAAUUAUGAUCCCAAAACUGGUAGUGGUGGUGGACAACGUUUACUAAAUCUAUUUUAUCGAUUACAAUUAUUAUCGAUUACAUCAUCGUCGGAACAAAUACGUAAACAAUCAUGUAAUUGUUUAAUAACAUUUUUAUUAAAUUAUCCACAUCAAUUAAAAUUUCUACAACAAUUUCUACAAUUUUAUAUAAAACAAUUAGAAUAUAAAAAAUCAAUUGGACGAUUAUCAGCAAUUGAUUUAUUGCAUCAUCUUAUUGAUCAAUUACCAAUCACACGUUUUAUUGGUAAACAAAAUCAAUAUUUAGAUGAAAUGAUUUUUUUAAAUGUUAGCGUUGCUAUUGAACGUGAAUCGUCAAGGAAAUGUCGUCGGAUUUUAUUAAAUUUUCUUAAUUUAUUAUUUAAUAAAUUACCAUUAGAUUUAGUACAUCAUUAUUUAAAUGAUUAUAUUCUAAGCUUUUUAAUUGCUCCACCAAUGACAAGAUGUUCAGCACGUUUACUUAGUUUACAAAUCAUUAUAUCAUUAUAUAAUAGUCCAUUAACUAUAGUGAUUAAACAAUAUCGUAAUCAAUUAAUUGAUAUUAUCAGUAAUGAUAUAUUACCAUGUGGUAUGAUCCAAUUAGAUCGAUUCAUACAAUCCAAUACAUUAUUAAUGAUAUCUACUGGUUUAAAUGAAUUAUAUAAUAAGAGAUCUAUGAAAACACCAAAAGAAGAAUGUAAUUUAUCAAAAAUUAUAAAAGAGGAUGCGAAAUGGAUGAGUGAAAUAGAAUUGCCUACAAAUCUUUAUUCAGACGACGACGACGAUGAUGAUAAUGAUGAUGAUACUUCGAAAUUGUCAAAAGAUCAUAAUGAAGAAGAUAUAGAUUUCAGUGAUGAUGAUGAUGAUGAUGAAGUUGACAAUGUAGAUUUAGAUUAUGAUGAAGAUACAAAUGUUGAUCCAUUUACUUCUGCUACAUUUAAUAAUGAAAAUAUUGAAAAUAAUAAACAUUCUAAUGAUACUAUACAAUCUCAUUCAACAUCAUCUAACAAAGAACUUAAAUGUUCAAAAUCGGCUAUUGACAACCAAUAUUUCUUAGUUGCUCAUACAUUAGAGCAUGCUUUAAAAUUGGUUUAUCAGUUAAUCACUGAAUCAACAACAGUAGAUUCACCGAAUACAUCAGAUAACAAUAUCAAUACAUAUAUAUCAUCAAUUAAAUUAUCCUCAUUUUGGCGUAUUCUAUUAAAUGGACCUAAAUAUAAUAAUAAUAAUAAUAAUAAUAAUCAAUUAUGUCCAAUCACUGAAUUUCAAUCAAAGAAACAUCGUAAGAAAUUGAAUAAACGUCGUGAACAAUAUAGUACAUUAUUCUCUAUGGAAACAACAACAACCACCCCCACCCCCACCACAACAACAAAGAAUAUAGAAAAUAAAACUAAAAAAAUGAGUUUAUUAAUUGUAGGACAUCGUGAAACACGUGAAUGGGCAACACGUUGUUUAAAUUUAUUAUUAAAAUUAGAAAUCAUUACAAAUCAAGAUCGUUUUAUAAAACAACUCAAUGAGAAUAAUAAUAAUAAUAUAGAUACUGAAUUAUCUGGUUUAAAUGUUCGAUCAGCUAUAUUUAAAAAUUACAAAAAAUAAAACAAAUUUCAAUAAAAUAUUACAAAGAAUACUAAACGACUCAUUAUUUCAAUUGGAAGUUGAUGCACGUGUACCUAUUUCAGAAGAAUGGUCAAAUGCGUUAUUAUCUAAUUUAAUUUAUCUUGGACAAUUAUUACAUUUAAGUGUUGGACGUAAACCAGUAUUGAGAAUAUUUCGUAUUGCUAAUAAAAUUGCAUUGGAUGAAUUAAACAAUAGACCACAAUAUUAUUGUCAAGUAUGUUAUAAUGAUGACUGUGUUUGGUUUAUUUUUCUUUUCUUUUCAAAUCCUCUAAUUGACUGUUAUAGUGUUUUGAAUGGAGAAAUUAUUAUUAUUAAUAUUAUUAUUAUUAUUAUUAUUAUUAUUAUUAUUAUUAUUAUUAUUAUUAUUAUCAUCAAUCAUGUAUUAGUUAUGAGCGAUACACAUAAUCUUUAGAACCUUAAAUAAAAAGUGAUGGUCGUCAGCGUUCUUUCAUACCGCUGCAGAAUGUCAUAAAUUGACCCCGCCUAUUUCGCUCUGUACCAACUUCGAAAAGUGAUGCACUACUGUGGUGUGGGUUACUUAUAUCCACAUAAGUAGUAUAUAAUAAGACAAAAUAAUCCAGACUUAACCAGUUAAGAGGUUUCUCUAUGUUCAUUUACCUCUAAUAUUUUUCUAUGCCUUGUCUCUUCCUCUGUAUGUUUCCAUCUUCUAAUAGAUUAUCACAAAUUAUCAAUCAAACAUUAAAUUAUAUGGGUCAUCGUUUAAAUAUUGUCCAUUUAAAUGAGAAUGAAGACGAUCUUGUUGAGAAUUCCAAUCCAAUAGAACUUUCCAAUAAUAUUCAACGUGCUGAUAUUCUAUUACGUUUAGCAUUAUCUUUAUUAGCUAUGGUGUAUGAAGUAAAAAGAUUAAAUUAGAAUCAACUAAUCAUAAUCAUAAUCGAUUACCUUUAACAUCUCAAUUAAAAGCUGUACGUUUAGCUGCUAUCAAUUUACUUGUCCAUUUAUUCUCAUCCAAUUGGUUAUGUGAAAUUGAAUUUUGGGGUAAAUCAACUAUCACUGAUCAUGAUCUGGAUCAAAUUGUUUCGUCAUCAUCAUCAUCAUCAGCAGAAGCAGAUCGUUCAAUCAUUGUCAAAGAAAUUUGUUGUAAUACAUUUCUAUUAAAUGAUUUAAUUCAUAGUUCUACAUUAUCAUUAAAUCAUUUAAUUAUACAAUUAUGUUAUAUAUGGUCUAAAUCAACAAUCUAUAAUGGGUAUUUAUGUAAGAAAUUUUUUAAUCAAUCAUUAUUGGAUACAUUAUUUAAAUUAUUAAAUAUGAAUAUGAAUACUACUAACAAUACUACUAAUACUAAAUUGAAAUUGAAGAAUGAGAUUAUUGAAAAGCUUGUAGAAAUUAUCCAUAAUUUAACAUUUCUACCUGAUGUAUCCACUACAGGUCGUGUAUUAUUACAAUCUUUCCAUUCGGAAUUAGUCAAUUAUUUAAAUAAACGUUUACAAGAAUUAUGUCAAGUGAAAUCGACAUUUUUUGCAAAUCUUGGCAAAAAACCACAAUCAGGUUUACGUUUACAACGUGAAUUUCAAUUAGUCAGUUAUUUAGCUCAAUUACCUUCUCAUUCAAUCAGUAAUAAUCAUGCAGUUAUGAAUCAGCAUACCAAUAUAAAUUGUUUGACAUCAGUUGAUAGUGAACGAUUACUUCAAGCAUUAUUACAAUUACUUCAACGUUCAUCAAUUCGUUCAUUGCGUAAUACCACUUUGACCACUAAAUCAGCAUCAUUUAAACAUCGUGUUGCUAAUAAUCUCUUAGUGAAUUCAGAUGAAUCAGCUAUACGUUAUGAUUUACAGAUGGCUACAGGUGAAGUGGUUGAAGCAGAACUUAUACAAUCUAUUCUUCAUCUUGUACAGAUUACAACUAAUAUUACUGAAUAUUUAAAAAAAAUAUUGGAUUUAUUUGUUUGUUCUAAAUCACGUAUUGCUCGUAGUCUCCUAUGUCAAGUAGUCGGUGUUUGUACAUCACGUUUAACAAAUUGGCCAAUGAAUCUAAUUGAAAUGAUUGAAAAGUUAAAUAAGAAUACUAAACAGGAUAGUAAAGAAGAAACUGAUCAAGUUAAUAAUAAUUUAAGAUAUUUCAAGAAAUAUUUAUCAGAUCAUAAUCAAUCAACUGAUGCAAUUAAUAAUCUAACUCAAAAUGUACUAUUAAUGUUAAAUUCAUGGGAUUUUACACAUAUUGAUCAACCAGAUAUUCAUCAACGUGCUAAUGGUUACAAUUUACUUAUUGAAUUAUGUAUAUUAAUAAAAAUCAAUAAUCCACCAGAACAAUUAUUAUAUUUACAUCAAGCUGGUUUAAAUUGUGCUAUUUAUACAAUAAGUCAUGAUGAAUUACAUUUACGUGAUAUUGCAUUAGAUUAUACAAUACAUUGUAUUGAAUCUAUUCAAUCAAGAUUAUUAAUGAAACAAAAACUAGAUCCAAAUGUUACCAUAGAUACAGAUCAAUAUUAUCAUGAAUUAAUUAUUAAAUGUUUAUGGUUAAAUUUAAUGAAAUAUUUACAAGAUAUAAGUGUAUUAUCUAGUACAAAACGUUUACAUUUAUUACGUUUAUUAAAUUGUAUUAUACGUACAUAUCAAUUAAGGAGAAGAUUUUAUUCAUUAGCAUUAUUAUUAGAUAAUUAUUCAAUGAAUAAUGAUUUUUAUAUGAAUUUACAAAGUGGUACAUUAAUACGUCAAUGUUGUGCAAUACGUCGUUUAGCAUUGUUCUUACAUAAUCCAUUAACGAUUAUAUCACGUCGUCAAUUGAAUAAUCACUUAGCAACUAAUAAUCACAGUAACAAUAGGGGUAAUAGGAACAAUUUCCUAUAUCACAAAAAGAUUUACGUAAUAUCUUUUUACCAAUUAUAUGGUUUUAUUUAGAAUCAGAAUUCAAUUCAUCUAUUGAUUAUAAUAAUACUAAUAAUAAUAAUUUAUUAGAUAAUCAUAAAAAAUUAAUUGAUUAUUGUUUAGAUGCUAUAGAAGGGAUAGCAAAACAUUUUGAUUGGAAAUAUUAUCGAUUUUUAAUAGAAUCAAUAAUUCAUCGAUUAAAUUCAUGUAUAAAUAUUCAUUUAAUAUCACAAAUUAUGAUACGUAUAAUUGAUGCAUUUCAACCACCGAAAUGGAAUACUUCAAUAGAUACUAAUGAUGAUAAUGAUGAUGACGACGACGGCGACGACGACGACGAUAGAGAACAAAUGGAUGAUGAAGAAACCAAAAAAGAAACAAGAUAUUGAUGAUCAUUUAAAGAGGAAACAAAAAGUUUGUACUGAACAAGGAGAAAAUUCAAUGAUUCUUAAUUAUAUGCUUAAUGUGAUUAAACGAUUAGAACCAUUUAUCAUUAAACCAAUAAAAACCAAUAAUACUACUGAAUUAAUGAAUAAUAAUAAUAAUCAGCAUCAAAAAAAGGAUAAUAAUAAUCAGAAUCAACCAUUGAAAAUCUCAUUAGUUAUAUCAUUAGUGAUGUUGCUAAGACGUUUACCAUCAGGAUAUCUUGAAUCACGUUUACCUCAUCUUAUUUUACGUAUUAUGGAUAUUUUAAGACCAUCACGUGAUAUAAAUUAUCAAAUACGUUAUGAAGCAAUCAAAUCAUUAUCACGUAUUGGACGAUUAUUAGGUCCAAGUAAAAGUUUAGAUAAAUUAUUUGAUAUUGUUCAUCAACAAUUAGAUCGUGGUGGUUAUACAUAUUGGCAAGUAAGAUUAUAUACAUUACAUCGUGUAUUCAAUGAAGUAGAACAAGCUAUCAUAUCCGGUGAAGUAUCUUAUAAAUCUGGUCAAUUAGAUUAUAUUGGUCGUAUUAUGAGUCGACUUUAUUUAGAUGAAAUGAUUGGACGAUUAGCUGAAGAAAUUGAUUCAAGACGUUCAGCUAAAUUAUCAAAUACAAAUAUGAAUGAAUUAAAUGGAUCUAUUCAUAUGGAUUUACCUGAAGGAAAUGGAUUUAAAUCUCCAGAAGGUGUUACACGUUUAUGUAGAUUAUUAUCAAAUAAAGGUAUUAUUCAAUUAUUUACAGAUAUUAAAAUGGCACUUCAUUGUGCUGCAUCCGGUACUUCACUUGGAUCCAUAUUCAAUAAUAAUAAUAAUAAUAAUAAUAAUAAUAAUAAUAAUAAUAAUAAAUCAUCAAAUGAUUCUGUCGGUUGUGGUAUACGAUUUCGACAUAAAGCAUUAGCUAGACUUGAAUGUACAUUAACACGUCUUCCAAUGAAAACUGGAUUAUUUUCUAAUAAAUAUAUUCAAUCUCAUUUAAAUCUUAUUAUUGAAUUAUUUCAACAAUUAGUUCAUGAUAAUCUUGAAGAAAUUACAAUCACUAAUCUAGAUUUCAAUGAAACCAAUACAACAACAAUAAUCGAUACUGAUCAUCAUCAUGAUGAUCCACAUCAGCAUAGUAACACGAUCACCGGUUGGUAUCAACCUCAAUCGAAAUUAUUAGAACCACGUUGGAAAUAUUUAGAAUUAGAUUAUGAACCAAAACGUGAAUAUCAUUCAUUGAUUACACAAUCUGGUUUAAAACAAUCAUAUUUAUUAGUAUGUUGUGGUUUAUCUUUAUUUAUUGGUCUAAUACGUUAUCAAUGGUUAAAACAAGAUCAAUUAAAUGAUUUACAAUUAUUAAAUCAAUUUCUUCCAUCGAUUAUUACAUGUCUUCAAUCGAAAUAUAUUCAAGUUUUAAAUAUCACUAUUAAAUGUAUACGAUUAUUUUUAUUGAUUACAUCAUCCAAAUCAAUAAUCAAUCAAAUACCGAAAUUUUCUGAAUAUAUCCAUAUAAUUGGUAAUCAAUUAUUUAAUCUAUUAAGUAAUCAAUCAUAUUUAUUCUCAAAUAAAAUUGGAUCCAUUAGUUGUCAUGCACAAUAUUUUACUAAAAAUUUAUAUUGUACAUUAGCUUUAUUAGUUAAUCAUCAAUAUAAUUAUCCAUUAUCUAAAAUACAAUUAUUAACUUUAUUAAAUAUUGUUGAUAUUGAAUUAACGCAUAAUCAAAAUGAAUCAAUGAAUUCAUCAUUAACAUUAUUUAAUUCAAUAUUAAAACGUCGUUUACGUGAUCCAAUUAUUCAAACGAAUGAAAAUGAUGCUUUAACUUUUAUAAAAGAUCCUAAUUUAUCAAUGAAUAAUAAAGGAUUAAUUAUUGCUAAAUUAUCUGAUCAUAAUUAUGAUCCCAAAACUGGUAGUGGUGGUGGACAACGUUUACUAAAUCUAUUUUAUCGAUUACAAUUAUUAUCGAUUACAUCAUCGUCGGAACAAAUACGUAAACAAUCAUGUAAUUGUUUAAUAACAUUUUUAUUAAAUUAUCCACAUCAAUUAAAAUUUCUACAACAAUUUCUACAAUUUUAUAUAAAACAAUUAGA